AUCAGAGAUCCGAAAGAUCAAGAGUUCGAUUCUUGGUGAAUCUCAAAAUCUGCUUAAAUUUUUGGGACAUGAGAUAUUUAUUAUCCCUAGUACCUGAUGGUUAUUUUGGAUAGUAUAGGUGAUGUUCAUUUUUUAAUUCAUAUCCCAUUGUACACAUUGUACAAAUAUUCCAUUGGCUCUCUAGCGAAAUUCCUUCCUUUUAUAUUCCAUUGUUCACAUUGUUUACCUCCCUUAUUGUCUCCUUAUACUUUUCCUUUGUGCCACGUCAACCGAAAAGCGAAUAUGAAAGGAAGAAAGAGAGAAUUCAUGAAACUUAGUCAAUAUAUAGAUUUCUUGCUCCCCAAGGAUUUCAGAGGGUUUUCAUUCGUUAAAUUAGAAUGAUAUGAAUUUCAUUUUCAUUUUCAUUUCCAUUUCAUUUAUCACAUGCUGAAACAAACUAGUUAGUUAGUUAUAUUCUUCGCGCUUAGUCGGUUACAACUGACAACACGUCACUUCACCCGACCUGAAAUAAAUACUUCACUAUUUCAUAACUGAACCGAAUCCAGACACUCGUUCAUUCUUCAUCAUAGCGAACAAGUUCGUUCUUUCUUUGCGAGCUUGAAUUGAACGUAACGAGCCUUCGAGAAGCGAAUACUAGUUGCUGCAAGCAAUAACAAUGGAGUGGUGUGAUCACUGUGUGCGCUAUCAACAAACCAGAAUUCAACAAAUUCCCGACGUUUUCCCCAAGAAUUUCAACGGGUCUUGUAGUACUUGUGGGAAGGUUCUAUGGGACAUGAGUAUCGGCUUCUACCAACAAGUUAAGAAUAACAGCAAAGGUUAUGACAGAAUGAAGAAAGUGAGAAAGGUCAAGGACAAUCCAAAAGUUGAGAAAUGUAUUGUAGUAGAUUCUAUGGAUGAAGAAGAUUAUUCUACGGAUGAAGAAGAUAACGAUGAUAAGGAGGAAGACAAAAGUAUCAAUUCUGAUAUCAAUUGAAGACUGAUGAGGCAUGUAGCUCAGAUGUGACAUACCAAGAUCUUAUCAGAACAAUGUUCUUCAGAUUUUAAUUUUCCAACUUUUAUGGUCAAAAUUCAAAUGUCUCUCUUUCAUUGAAACCUCAUUCAUUCGAUUCAUGAGGCCCCAUAGUUCCUGGUUGUUUUGUUAUUUGGCAUUCAUCUUUUCAAUAAAAUUAGAGCUUUCUAUUAAAAACAAACAAAGAAAAGCUCCUUCAUUUUA